AUGGAGACCCUACUCCCCAUGAGGCUACAGGCCAAAGCUUUGCAACUUAUAGUAACAGCACGAACUACACGAGGACUUGACCCCUUAUUUGGGAUGUGUGAAAAAUUUCUACAGGAAGUGGACUUUUAGAGGUAUUUCAUCGCUGAUUUGCUGCACUUGCAGGACAGCUUUGUGGACAAACUUCUUGACCUUAUGCCCUGACUCAUGACAUCCAAACCUGCAGAAGUGGUCAAAAUUCUACAGACCAUGCUGUGGCACAGUGCCUUCCUGCAUCUCCCACUUCCAGAGCAGAUCCACAAAGCCUCAGCCACCACCAUCGAGCCAGCAGUAGAGUCAGACAACCCUUUGCGGUUUACAUCCGGGUUGGUGGUGGCCCUGGAUGUUGAUGCAACCCUAGAACAUGUGCAGGACCCUCAGAACACUGUGAAGGUCCAGGUCUUAUAUCCAGAUGGCCAGGCUCAGAUGAUUCACCCCAAGCCCGCAGACUUCUGGAAUCCUGGCCCAGGGUGGCACCGACUCAUCACUCAGGUUUACCUCUCCCAAACUGCUUGGACAGAGCCAUGUCAGGUAGAAGUGAGGCUGCUGCUGUCCUACAACUCCAGUGCUCGCAUUCCAAAAGCCCCCUGGAUGGAGGGUAGUGAGGUAUCGCCCCAGGUGGAAACCAGCAUCGAGGGCACCAUUCCCUUCAGCAAGCCUGUAAAAGUUUAUAUAAUGCCCAAACCUGCGUGGUUCUGAGGCAAAAGCUGUCUUUCCAACCUUGGCCUAGAGAGCCCUUACUUUGGUGUCAGAAUGAGCCAAACCUGAAGCACUU